AACCCCAGAGCUAAACUGGUUUAACAACCGUGCUUGUGUUUCUUUCUACCCGGUGAAGAAGAAGACAGAGAAAAGAGAAAAAACAAAGACCACCCCCCCCAAAAAAAAAAAAAAAAAAAACAGAAAAGAAAAGCACCUGCUAAAAGAAGAGAAGAUGAGAACAGAGAAGGGAAAUCCAGAAGAGGAUGAGUACGAAGAUGAGGAAUUCGGUUCCAAGAAAGAAGGUCCAUCGUCAAAUGCUCCUGCAACAGCCGUUAACAAUAAUAAUAAUAACAAAAAUAAAGACGGGAAGAACAAUGAUAGGGCUAACGCUAUGCGAUCCAAACAUUCUGUUACUGAGCAGCGGAGGAGGAGCAAAAUCAAUGAGAGAUUUCAGAUAUUGAGAGAUCUUAUACCCCACAGUGAUCAGAAGAAAGAUACAGCCUCCUUCCUUUUGGAGGUCAUUGAGUAUGUCCACUAUUUACAGGAGAAACUACAGAAGUAUGAGGGUUCAUAUCAGGGAUGGAGUCCGGAGCCCACAAAGCUGGUGCCAUGGAGAAACAGUCACUGGCGGGUUCAGAACCUUGUAAACCACCCUCAAAGUAUAAAAAAUGGUUCUGGUCCAGGGUCAACAUAUACUGGGAAGUUUGAAGAAAACAAUAUAACCAUUGCCCCAAGUAUGCUCACUGGCUCGCAAAAUCCUCUCGAGCCUGAUGCUAAUAGAGAUGUUGCCUGCAAAGUUAUGGACCGACAGCCUGAGUUAGCAAGUAAGGGAGUAGCUUUGCCCAUGCCUUUGCAGGCAAACAUGGCUGCUCAAGGUGAUUGUGUUCCUGCACACCCUCUUCAAAGACCUGUCUCUGACGCUCAAACAAGUGAGUGUGUCAGUAGCGAUUCACUGAGCCAAGAGGAGCUAAAUAUUGAAGGGGGAACAAUUAACAUAUCCAGUGUUUACUCGCAGGGGUUAUUAAGCACUGUGACACAAGCAUUGCAAAAUGCAGCGUAGAUCUAUCACAGGCGAACAUCUCCGUGCAGAUUGAUCUCGGGCGGCGGGCAAAUAGGGGUAUGACCUCUGGAACAGUUUCAGCCAAGG